AUGCAGCUGAAAUCAUUCUGGUUUUUAGAAGGAGUGUAUACGGAAGGAAUCUAUGGUGUAACAUUUAAACCGUAUUGGAUCGGUGUUCGUAAGAUUAACAGCACAUGGAUGAUACCCAUACAGGAAAAACCUUCCGAAUACAUUCCGGUCACUUUUACGAAAUGGGGACGAUCACAACCAGAUGGCUGCUGUUCGUAUGAUGUUACCUGUGUUGUGGUAAAUCACUGGGACGAACGAGGGGAAUGGGAUGAUCAAGGCUGCUACAGUCGUGUGAACAACGCUGGCGCUGUUUGCCAGAAACAAUCGUUGUGA